AUGAUUGACGACUUUGAUAAAGCCUGUGGAAAGAUUGGUCUUCGCCUAAACCUCACGAAAACGAUGUUUAUAAAGAACGGAUUCGUUUCGCAUACCCCAUUCACGUUCAACGGAACGAACAUCUCCGAAUGCUCCAGUUGUAUCUAUCUAGGUCGGGAAAUCAAUAUGAUGAUCAACCUAGCUCCAGAGCUGAGCAGAAGGAAACGAGCGGCUUGGAGAGCAUUGAAGAAUAUCGAGGAAGUAGUGAAGAGAACAAAGAACACCCGACUCCGUGCUCACCUUUUCGACUCAACGGUACUUCCUGCGCUAACAUAUCCGUCAAUAACCUAG